GCACCACGUUCCGCAGUGUGCGACUUCCCCCACAGUCGUCGGACAGUUGCCGCGCGCCACAAGCGAGUGUAUAGCGACCUUAAGCUAUUGUGAACAUUCUUAGAGGGUAACCGGUUCGCGCGAAACACGUCUGCCGGCCCGUCUAACAAAACAACUACAACAUGCCACCAACUUAAUGAUAUACCUAGUAGCAAAGAGGACCUUUUUUCAAUACUAUCCUAAGGGUAGAAAGGGAAAGGGUAGGUGAAAUUGGAUUUAUGGUAGAAACGAGGUGUACGAAGUACGAGUUGAUGGAGACGUCGAUAGAAGACACCCUAAGCAAUACCCUGAAGCCUGAAGAGAGAUAUGUAAAAACAAAAUUCAAUAUUCUAAAGCGCCAAUCAUACAUUUCACAUUGAUGAAUUUGGAAAAAAUAAGAAAGAUUGGGUGUGACAUUUCUUCGUUUUUAAUCUAUCUUCCUGGGACCUGACACCGGUAUGCCUGCCAAAAUGAUGAGCGCAAGAGGUGGCGGCGCAGCUGGUGGCGACGUCAGCGUAGCUGACAGCCCACUGGCUUCCUUCGAAACAUUAACUCAAGCCGCCAUCAUCGCCGUCAUGGGCAUUGCUAUAGUCGUCUCUAAUAUUCUAAUUAUAGCUUCUUUCCUUAACUUUAAAGGUCUUUCCAAUGAAGUGAUUAACUAUUACUUGCUAUCGCUGGCUGUGGCGGAUCUCUUGAUCGGCGUGUUCGUGGUGCCGCUGUCGGUGUACCCCGCCAUCACGGGGCGCUGGAUGUUCGGCGACCUGAUGUGCCGGCUGGCGGGCUACGUGGAAGUCACGCUCUGGUCCGUGUCUGUCUACACCUUCAUGUGGAUCUCCGUUGACCGUUAUCUCGCAGUACGGAAGCCUCUCCGCUAUGAGACGGUUAGUGCGACGGUACAAACGCGCACUAGAAGCCAAUGUUGGAUGGUGUUCACAUGGAUUUCAGCCGCAAUGCUUUGCUGUCCUCCUCUUCUUGGCUACAAAAAGGAAGCAAACUUCGACAAGGAAACGUUUAUCUGCAUGUUAGACUGGGGCACUACGUACGCGUACACAGCAACCCUCGGUAUCCUCGUGCUGGGACCAAGCGUUAUAUCGAUCGUGUAUAACUAUUAUUAUAUUUUUUCAAUGAAACGUAAACUUAACAGCGGCGUACCUAUCCACGACAAAGAGUACGCGACUGCUCUUGCUGAGAACCUAUCAAACCCGAGUCACUGGAUGAGUUUCAUCAUGGUCUGCACAUUUUGGCUGAGUUGGACUCCCUACGUUGUCGUCAAGCUUUACGAGUAUUGUACUGAUCAGGAAAUAAAGAUACCGAUGUUACAUUUCGGCGUAGUUUGGAUGGGCAUUUUAAAUUCGUUUUGGAAGAUUGUUAUACUACUUAUGUUCAGCCCACAAUUUCGCCUAGCGCUUCGAAUAUUAUGCCUGACAGCAUGCUGCCGCUCCAAGGGGCGCCUGGCUGCGGAGCUAAUGGGCCUGGACAAUGAUGACUGAGUUCAUCUUCUGGCAGGUAUGUAAAUCCUUUGCGAAGUCAACAACUUGAGCAACACGCUCCAUUGUGCUGCAGUCAAUAUUAUGGAUUUAGAUACCUUGCCUGGCUUAGUCCGCCAUGACAGUGCUCGUGGGUUUGGAGUCUUAAAUAGAGACAUAAUAAUAAUUAUGGUUGCCACAAGUUGUCCUAAUAUUGCUGUAUUUAGAAAGUCGUGAUGUUUGUUGACAAAGUAAAGUCACUACUGAUCGUUCAUCCCAUUUUGUGCUUGUACGAUCUAUGUAGAUCUCACAGGUUUCUAACGAAGGUUACUCGAACAGUUAAAGUUGUUAUAGACUGCGAUGUGUAAUUGAGUUAUGAUUUCAGUAGUCAAUGACUUUUGACAAUAAUGUGUUUAAGUUGGAAGUUAGGAAACACUUUGCUCUGUGCAAUAAAUAUCAUAUCAUUUUCUCAAUAAAAACUCGUUACUUCUAAGCAUUAUGUAGUUUUUAACUCAUUCUAAAUUAAAAAUGUAAGAAAUGUUUGGUAUUUAAAUAAAUAUUUAUUUAGAUAGUUAAUCUAAGUACAUUAAUAUUAUUAUAGGUUAGUAUAUAGUAAGAUAUAGGGCGCUUUUAAAAGACAUUGUUGAUUCAUGUACUAUUGGAAUGUUUCGUGGAUGUGUUUAUAUAGGUAUUCAUAUGAAACGGAGCCAAGCAUUGAAGUUUAGGUUCGUUUUAUAUGAAUGUGUCGCACCCUUAGAAUAAAAGUAACUUUACUAUAAACUUGACAUAGUACACAUGGUAUGUGCAUGUACAUUUUUAACAGGGAGAAGUACAUAAUUUAUUGAUCGGGCAGUCGCAGGCGGGUAAUCGGCCACACUCGCAAUAUACACAUUACGUACAUAAUAAUAUGCAGGAUUUUUUUAAAACUUUGUGUCUAUUUUUUUUAAUUGCAUUUAUUUCAUUCAGUUACUUUAAUUCUAUGGGUGCGGUAUGUUUGAACGUCAUUUCAAUUCUAAAAUUAUAAUGUGUUCUAUUUAAAUAUGUAUAGUACAAGCCAAAUAUUGUUUCGCUUCGGCGUUACGUCGGCGAGAAUUCUAAAAUAUUUACAAAUCACGAAUAAAUGCUUUAUUUUAAAUAGAAUAUUUGAUAGAUACGUGUAUCAUAGCAAUAUCUGAAGAUGGAUAGAUAUCUUGGAUGGUAAAUGUCUAAUAUACUAGUUGAAGAAAAACACUGAGCUAAAAAUGUGUGCCAGUGCUUGUCCAUGUAUCUGAAGAGUAUGCCUUAGGUACUUGUAGUGUUAAAGAAACAAUGAUAUUAAAAGUUCAAACAAGGUAUGAAACAAUGGAAAGUCAAUAUCAAUAAAUGUCCUAUAAAAAGUUAAUCGCAAAAUGUAUGUUUUCAUUAUAACUGACGUACUUGUAUGAAAACAAGUGAGCCGUCGGAUCAAAACAUGGUUAAUAUUCAAUUUGGCUUUAUCGAGUUCCAAAAAUAAUUCAAUUUAUGCAUUACGGCUUACUGCCGGUAAAAUAAAACUGUAAAAGCCUGCACCGUUAUAAUUACAUUUUAAUUUUUAUCUUCUCAAAUAUUGAACGUUUAUUUGGAUAUCCCACAAUUUCGUGAGUAAUUGAGUUAUUGGUAAAAAUGUGAUUGCCAAUUGAACAUGGCAAAUUUAUUAAAAACAAAUAAUAACAAACAUUAAGUGAGGAAUUUAAAGCCUGCUGUGCUUUAUAUUUGCGUGAGCUUGGUUGUAGGUAUCUAUGUAUUUAACUAUGGAAUUAUGAACACCAUACGUGGGAAGUACGUACAGGUACCUACCCAUUAUACAACCAGAUUGACUUUGACAAGAAUUUGGUGUGUAAGUAAGAAAGCAAACAUUAAUUUGGUACGCAGACAAUAACGUUGAUCGGCUACGGAAUUGAGUACCGAUCAUAUAAUAUACUAAAACCCGAAUACUAAAAGGCUACUCAAUUUUAAAUAGGGUAGAUGACUAUUUUUUAUUUUAA